AUGAGAAAUAGAAAAGCCAUCAAUGAUAUUUCUAAAGAAAACCAAUCUCAGUCACAUAAAUCUGUUUAAAAUUGGUUGGAACAUGCUUAUUAAUAAAAUGCUUUAAAAUUAAAAAAGUUUUAAUCAUAAGAUUUUUCUAAAAUCAAUUCAUAAAAUGAAGAAAUUGAUCCUAACAAUUGUUCAAAAUUGUAACAAUCUAAACGAAUCAUAACAGAUUAAUAUUAAGAAUAAUAAAGCAAUCCAAUAAGCAAUUAAAUAUAAGAUUAAGAUUCUAUUUAUAAAAAUUCUGAUUAAUUAUCAGAUUUUGGAGAUAAGAAUGAAUAAAAAUCUGAAGUUUAAUACAAUAAUGAAAAAAUAAAAGAAAAAAUACAUAGAAAAAAAAUGAAAUAAGAUUAAGUUAUAAUAGAAUAGAAUGAUAAUAUUUUAAGUUUAGAAAAAAAUAAGGUUUAAGAAGAUUUAAAUAAGUAUAUACAGAUAGAAAAAGACAUAAUUCAGUAUUUGGUUAAGGUUCACAAUAAAGUUGAGGAACUGACAAAAUAAUUUUAAAGCUUUAAAUGA